AUGUUAAAUAGGGAAUUUCAGUACCUCUUUUGUGAAUGUUCGACUAUUGGUAAUGAAAUGUCAUGUGCAAAUACAUUUUAUUUUCAUUGUAAUCAAUCUUUAAAAUGCAUCUCAUAUAAUCGUGUUGGUGAUGAUUUCAACGAUUGUUAUUAUUAUGAAGAUGAAUUACUUCCUACAUGUCAUCUAAAUAUGUCAAAUUAA